GUGCAGGUGCAGCUGAAGUCAGUGGUGGAGGAGCUGCCUGGUAAGUUGGAGAUGGUUCUGGCUGAGUCGGGCUCUAACUUCAGCGUGGGUCAGAGGCAGCUGGUGUGUCUGGCCAGAGCGCUGCUGAGGAAGAACCGCAUCCUCAUCAUCGACGAGGCCACGGCCAACGUGGACCCCAGGACAGAUGAACUGAUCCAACACACCAUACGAGACAAGUUCAGAGAGUGCACCGUGCUCACCAUCGCUCAUCGACUCAACACCAUCAUAGACAGUGACCGGAUACUGGUUCUCGACAGCGGCACCAUCCAGGAAUUAGACAGGCCCUUCACCCUGCUACAAAACAAAGAGGGGGCUCUGUACAAAAUGGUGCAGCAGAUGGGUCCAGCUGAGGCGGCCGCCCUGCUCCAGUCAGCCAGACAGGCAUCACAGCCAUCCUGAGAGCACAUUUUUAAACCAACACACUCCAGAUGAAAGUGAACCUGAGAUCAACUGAACUACCUGACACUGUUUGUUUUAACACGACCAAAUGCAAGAGAACUUGUUCAGGUUUGCAGUGACGACUGGAUAUUUCAUUUUACUCAACAACUCGUUGAUCGUUCAGACUUUCAGACACCUGUGGUCACAAUUUCCUCUUUUGUUUUGAUAAAGUUUUUCAUGUGUAA